AUGUUCCUUCGCAGUCCAAUUCUUCGCCUUGCACAAACCCAACGCCAACACGUUCGUGUACUACCCGAAGCAAUCGCCAAACCCAUCUCCAACAUCAUGUCUUCCGACGCACCUGAGCCCACUGGCUUGAAGGCCAACAAGGGUCUUGAGCUCUUGACUUUCGGCACUCCCAAUGGCCACAAGAUUACAAUCUUUCUGGAGGAGUUGAAGGAGGCCUAUGGCAAGGACUAUAUCUACCAGAGCAUCAACAUUAUGAAGAACACACAAAAGGAACCUUGGUUCACAAAAUUGGGACCCAAUGGUCGCAUUCCUGUUCUAGUUGAUCACGACAAGGGUGGUCUUGCGAUCCAGGAGGGUGCUGCCAUCCUUGCGUACCUUGCUAGACACUACGACUCGGAGAACAAGUUCUCCUUCAAGGAGGACCCUCAGCUGUCGUACCAAGAGCAAUGGGUCGCUUGGCAGCAUGGCGGUCUAGGUCCCAUGCAAGGUCAAGCCAACCACUUCUUCAGACUGGCACCGGAGAGAAUCGCCUACCCCACCCAGCGCUACGUAGGUGAGACGGAACGUCUCUUCGGCAUCUUGGACAACCAGCUCAAGGACAACUCCUACCUCGUCGGCAACAAGUACUCGAUCGCCGACAUUGCGAACUACAGCUGGGUCAACCUAGCCUACUUCUCCGGCGUCAACCUCAGCAAAUUCCCCAACCUCGAGAAGUGGUGGAAGUCGAUCAACGAUCGCCCGGCAGUCCAAAAGGGUCAAGCCAUCCCUGGACCUUCGCCCUACACCAAUGACAACUUUUUGCAAAAGCUUAAGGAUGACAAGGAGUUUGGAGACAAGAAUGCCGAGUUGGAGAAGCUUAGGGAUGAGGCACAGAAGCAGUACAAGUACAAGUAUUCGAGUCCUUAG